ACGUCCACGGUUUCAUUUAACGCACACACAGCGGAACACGGGCAAGUACAGUUUGGUUUCACUCGCUGGCUCCAGGACAUCUCCGCACCGUCUGGACUGGUUGACAUCAGCGCACCUGAGGAUCUCCCUGUCCCCGAUGUAGAGGGAGUUUCCAUCAGCAGCAGUCGUGUACACAGUUUCUGUGCUGCCCAGUGAAGCCUCCCACCAUGCGUGAGUACAAGCUCGUUGUGCUCGGAUCAGGAGGUGUGGGGAAAUCUGCGCUGACAGUCCAGUUUGUUCAGGGAAUAUUUGUGGAGAAGUACGACCCCACCAUAGAGGACUCUUACAGAAAGCAAGUGGAGGUGGACGGGCAGCAGUGCAUGCUGGAAAUCCUGGACACGGCUGGAACGGAACAGUUCACAGCCAUGAGGGACCUGUACAUGAAGAACGGACAAGGCUUCGCUCUGGUCUACUCCAUCACAGCACAGUCCACGUUUAACGACCUGCAGGACCUCCGGGAGCAGAUCCUGCGAGUAAAAGACACCGAGGACGAUCAGGUUCCCAUGAUCCUGGUGGGAAACAAGUGCGACCUGGAGGACGAGCGCGUGGUGGGCAAGGAGCAGGGUCAGAACCUGGCCCGUCAGUGGAACAACUGUGCCUUUUUAGAGACUUCAGCUAAAUCAAAGAUCAAUGUUAACGAGAUUUUCUACGAUCUGGUGCGGCAGAUCAACAGGAAAACGCCGAUGGAAAAGAAGAUAAAAAAGAAGUCAGGCUGCACGCUGCUCUGAGAGACUCGGGUGCUCCAGAAACUUGUCUCCAGAUGGAUGAUGCCAGCAUUCCAAGUCCUCUCCCGAGCGUUUUUAGAAAAUGGCUGACCGACAAACCUCACCACUUGUAAACUGGCAGAAGGCACAUACUCUAAAGAAAUAUUCUGCUUUUAAUGACAAAGAAAAUCCACUUCUUUUGUAUCGUCAGCGUGUUGACAACAGUUUUCCUCGUCUCUAAGCUGUCUUUUCUUCUGGAAAUAUUCAUGUAGAAGAGGAGACUGUGGAUUCAGAUCCAUAUAUGGGAACUAAAAAGGUUUUUAUUAAACAGUAACAUCACUUUUUGACGUGACAUUUGAAAUGUUGGUCUUCUUGUACAUUUCUGCACUAACUGUGUCCAUGAAGAUGUCAACAAGUCCUACGUACAGGAUGUGUCUUGGUAACAUCUUUCCUAAGUGACUUUGUUUUAUACUGAGAGCUGCAGGCCUUCCAUAUUUCCCAUAAUAUAUUCUACUUCCAUCUUUGCAUAAUAAAGUCAAAGAAAUGAGUAUUUUACAGACUCGUGGGGGGAACGGGUGCGUUCUGAUUUGUGUCUUGAAGCUUCAGAUAUAUUGUACUAAACCACAUCUAAUAUGGCUUCUACCCUGUCACAGAUGAUUUCCAGCUUUUAUGAAUGAUUAAAUUUUAGUACAUUUUCAUUA